CUUGUGAUGUGAAUCAGAAUCAAUUUAAAAACACAAUCAUCAUCAAUAACGCAUACGCUGCUUGGUUGCUGAUAUUUAUCAAAAUGAAGAUAGCUGGAACAAGCGUACUAGUGUCAACAAUACUCGUUGUCAUGGAGAUUCAAGUGGCGUUAUCUAAAAAUUGUCGAUUUCAAAAAAGAUUGGACAGUUGCAGGAAAGCAUAUUGGAGGGUUGAAAAGUACUGCUCGGCAGUGGAAAAGUGUAUAGAUCAUCCUAAGACAAAAUCGGCUAUUUUACGCUUUGAGAAAUUUGUCCACACAACACAUCCUGGACUAUUCGGCAGCAAAGGCAGUUCUGAGAUUGAACUGAAAGAAAUGUACGGCCAUGAAGGACAUAUGGUUGACUAUCCAUCCACGGAUUUCCCCAAACCACCUGACAGGCGAGCCGGGGAGACUGUCAAAGGAGCUCUUAAUUUAACUGCAUACAAACCAGCUGGUUCAGUAUGGAAUCCUUAUCCUAAAUGGGAUUAUGAGUGCAAACGUCCACCAUCGAAUGACAGACAAUUACCUGUGAUCGAUAAAAGAGAUGUAAAAGACCCAGAUGAUGGCCUGGACUGUCUACCACCUGAACCGUGCCACACAAAGACCGUUUCCUUCUUUACACUAUUAGAGGAUGAGUUUACUUUUGAUAAUGAAACAUGGACUCCUGUGCAUUUGCCUUCAUUGGACCUGUACCAAUACGUGCAUACAACGAUGUGCAGUGGUGAUAACAGUUGCCGUGCCGAUGCGAAUGGUGCGUGCAAAGAGGCCUACAAGUAUGUCUAUAUAUUCAUGAGACGUACAGACUACACUGAAAUGAGUUUCAAAAAAGUUCCCAUUCCGUCUUGCUGUGAAUGUCGUAAUAUUGGCGAAGAUGAUGAAGAUGGAUAAACGAAGUUUCAGAUCAACUCUGUGAUAAAAUUUGAACGCUUGAAAGAGCCACAGGAAAUAUUUAUUUCAAUAGUUAUUUAUUUAUCUUAUAGACAUUGCUACGUAAUUAAUAACUGUAACCACAAUUAGAAAAAUAUAUCAUGUAUUUACAUUUGUCGGUUAUUGCAUAUAUUACUGAAGUAAAUUAACCUUUUUACAAUCGAUAACAAUAAAUUCUCUAUUCAUUUAGUAUCAUUAAUCACGUGGCGACCAGAAAUUGUCAUUGCAUGGCAAAUUUUGAACGUUUUUUGUUCCUUGAUUGCAAUUGUUGAGAAAAGUGCAAAAAUGAAUUUUUAUAACUUAAACAGGCUUUGGCAAGAUCAAAAGGGUACUCCCGAUUGCCAAACUUUUGGAGGGGAGUAUACAACUAAAUACAUGUCAAUAGGGACUUCCUU